GAAGAGGUUGUGUAAUGGCAUGUGUGAUGAGGUUGUGUAAUGGCAUGUGUGAUGGUGUUACUGAUGUUAACUCUAGUGUUGGGAAAACUAUCUGGUACAUGUGGUCGUGGCAGUGAUAAAAGCCGAUGCCAUAGAGAUGGAGAAGGCGGUACUGGUGGUGGUGUCAGUAUUUUCAAUGGUAUGGAUGUUGCUGUAGAAGAUGUUAGUGGUGCUGGUGGUGCUGGCGGUGCCAGUGGUGCUGGUGGUGCUGGUGCUGCUAGUGGUGCUGGUGGUGCUGGAGGUGCCAGUGGUGCUGGUGGUGCUAGUGGUGCUGGUGGUGCUACUGGUGCUGGAGGUGCAAGUGGUGCUGGUGGUGCUAGUGGUGCUGGUGCUGGCGGUGUUAGUACUGGUGGAGCUGGUGGUGUCAGUGGUAAUGGUGGUGCCACCGGUGCUGGUGGUCCUAGUGGUGCUGGGGGUGCUAGUGGUGCUGGCGGUUCUGGUGGUGCUAGUGGUGCUGGUGGUUCUGGUGGUGCCAGUGGUGCUAGUGGUGCUGGUGGUGCAAGUGGUGAUGGGAGUAGUCUUGGCCGUAAAAUUGGUGCUGGUGGUGCCAAUGGUACUAGUGGUGCUGGUGGUGCAAGUGGUGAUGGAAGUAGUCUUGGCCGUAAUAUUGGUGCUGGUGGUGCCAGUAAUGCUAAUGGUGCUGGUGUUGCAACUGGUGAUGGAAGUGGUGCUAGUCGUAAUAUAAGUGCUGGCCGUAAUAUCGGUGCUGGAGGUGGUGCCAUUGGUGUUAUUACUGGAUAA